AGGGGGCGGCCCCAGGGCGGCGGGACGGACGUCGGAAGGCGCCCCCCACGAAGAAGCCGUCUUCCAAAGCCCCCAACAUGGCCCGGGGCAGCAGUCAGAAGUGGAGUUCGGGGGAGUCGGACGGCCAGCCAGAGGAACAGGCUCCUGACGACACCAGAGACAAGAUGGUGAAGGAGACCCAAUACUAUGACAUCUUGGGGGUGAAGCCCAGCGCCUCCCCGGAGGAGAUCAAGAAGGCCUAUCGCAAGCUGGCACUGAAGUUCCACCCGGACAAGAACCCGGAUGAGGGCGAGAAGUUUAAACUCAUAUCCCAGGCAUAUGAAGUGCUUUCAGAUCCAAAGAAAAGGGACAUUUAUGACCAGGGCGGGGAGCAGGCGAUUAAGGAAGGUGGCUCUGGCCCCAGCUUCUCGUCACCCAUGGACAUCUUUGACAUGUUCUUCGGUGGUGGAGGACGGAUGGCUAGAGAGAGAAGAGGCAAGAAUGUUGUACAUCAGUUGUCUGUAAGUCUUGAAGAUUUAUAUAAUGGAGUCACAAAGAAAUUGGCCCUGCAGAAAAAUGUAAUUUGUGAGAAAUGCGAAGGUGUCGGGGGGAAGAAGGGCUCUGUGGAGAAGUGUCCACUGUGCAAGGGGCGGGGAAUGCAGAUCCACAUUCAGCAGAUCGGGCCGGGCAUGGUGCAGCAGAUCCAGACUGUGUGCAUCGAGUGCAAGGGCCAGGGUGAGCGCAUCAACCCCAAGGACCGCUGCGAGAGCUGCAGUGGCGCCAAGGUGAUCCGAGAGAAGAAGAUUAUCGAGGUGCACGUUGAAAAAGGUAUGAAAGAUGGGCAGAAGAUACUAUUUCAUGGCGAAGGAGAUCAGGAGCCUGAGCUGGAGCCUGGUGAUGUCAUAAUUGUGCUUGAUCAGAAGGAUCAUAGUGUCUUUCAGAGACGAGGCCAUGAUUUGAUCAUGAAAAUGAAAAUUCAGCUUUCGGAAGCCCUUUGUGGCUUCAAGAAGACAAUAAAAACACUGGAUGAUCGAAUCCUUGUUAUUACCUCCAAAUCAGGUGAGGUGAUAAAGCACGGGGACCUGAAAUGUGUGCGCGACGAAGGGAUGCCUGUCUACAAAGCUCCCCUCGAAAAAGGGACCCUGAUCAUACAGUUUUUAGUACUCUUUCCUGAAAAUCACUGGCUUUCUCCAGAAAAGCUUCUGCAGCUGGAAGCUUUGCUCCCUCCUCGACAGAAAGUGAGGAUUACGGACGACAUGGAGCAGGUGGAGCUGAAGGAGUUUAAUCCCAAUGAGCAGAACUGGCGCCAACACAGGGAGGCCUACGAGGAGGACGACGAUGGGCCCCGGGCCGGAGUGCAGUGCCAGACGGCAUGACGUGUGUGCUACAGGUGGCCUGGCCGGACUUGCAUAUGAUGAAUGUAAAGUUGGCACAAUGAAAAUGGCAUCACUUUAAUGGCCUCGUAUUUGGGGUGUCCUGUGUAUGUGUUCAGCAUUCUCAAUUGCUGAGUGUCUUUUUGGUUUUUGUUUUGGUUGUAACUUAAGUUAUAGCUUAAUUUAUAUUUAAAUGUUUUAAGUGUAAAUCACCUGUAGUCUGCA